AUGUCAAAAUCAAUAUCUAUACCACAAGCUUUGAGUGAUCUCAAAAAGAAUUCGUUGAGAAGAUUGAGUAGUGCAAGAAUGGGAAUACUGACAAGUUCUUCGAGUAGCAGUGGAAGUUCGGACAAGAAGAAAGCUAGUUUGACACCUGGAACACCGUUGACUGGAUUUGUGAUUUUAGUUGAGAGGGAUGGAGAUAUUGUCAGAUUAUAUGGUGAGUUCGGAAUGUUUUGUUUUUCAAGGGGAAUCUCUGGGAAUAUCUGGAUUUCCAAAUUUUUGAAGAAAAUCUGAAAAUUGCCACGUUUAAGUUGCAUUUUUCAAAAAUCUUCUGCCAUGUUGAAUUCCAAAGACUUCGGAGUACUGUGGGUUUUGUGAAUAUCUCAGGUUCUGGUUAUUGUGGUAACUACAGUGUAGUUUAUGAUUUCAAGAAAAAAAAUUCAAUUUUUGUUACAUUUCACUCAAAGCACGUCGUGCCACCACACAAAUCCGAGGAGACGCAGAGAAAAAGACACCGUACUCCUCCCCGGUCGUUCAGGUGAAUCGCUGCAAAACCAAUUGCCGAAACCGUACUCUCCCCGGUCCCUCAGGUGCAUCGCUGCGAGACCACACAAAAUCUCUGCGUCUCCACGAAAUUAUCUUUUCCCAUUUUUCUGGCACGACGUGAAAGUCCCGUUCAUUUUUAGAAAUUCAAAAAAAAAAAUUGAAAUGAAAUUUAAAUCCUAAACUCACGUAAAACUAUUUUUUAUUUCUUCACGUCAAUUUUUUUCAAAUUUUCUGGAAAAGCUACAGUAAUAAAGGUCUUUGAUGUUCUAGAACUUUACACAUCUAACAAGGGAACCUUUUUUACUCAACACUUCAAAUCAUGAUGAAAUUUGGUCCAUGGACACCUAUUGGGACCAUAAGAACACCCUAAAAUUUUUAGUCUCCCAAUGGACCUCUGAGCCAAGUUCUGGGCUCUCAAAAACUCAAAAAAGGCCUAAAAAUGGUCAUAAGAGGCAUCAUAGCUUCAUUUCAAAUUUUUUUUUGGGAGAAAUGAAGUUUCUGAUAAUGAUCAGCAUAGUCGAUUACCUAAAAGUCAAUCAAUAAAAAACUUUAUUUCGAAAAAUUUUGAAGUUUUUUAUUUUUGGGCUGAAAAUUCAUGAAAAUUCAUAUGUGCCCCUGCUCAUUCUUUUUUUCAAAAUCAAAAAUUUUUCCGAAAAUUUGAUUUAAUGAUGGUUUUUGGGUAAAUCGACCACGCUGAUCAUCAUCUGCUACUCAGUUUUUCAUAAAAUUGAUCGAAAAUUGAGUUAUGACGUGUUUUAUGAGCCAAUUUCGGCAAUUUUUGAACUUUUGAGAGCCCAGAACUUGGCUCAGAGGUCCAUUGGGAGACUAAAAUUUCUAGGGUGUUCUUAUGAUCCCAAAAGCUGUCCAUGGACCAAAUUUCAUCAUGAUUUGAAGUGUUGAGUAAAAAAGGUUCCCUUGUAAGAUUUGUCCUUCAUCUCAAGAACUUUUUGAUUAGCUACAAUCUUUUUAGGAACAGCCGCAGAACGUGCUGGUUUAAGUGUUGGUGAUGAAAUCAUCGGAAUCAACGACAUGAAAAUUGAUGGGAAAAAAUAUGAUCAAGUUAUUGAAUAUAUUCAAGAUUGUAUCCGCAAAAAGAUCAUUCAACUCAAAAUUCGAAGAAGAGCGCUGGAAAUUCCCGCGGAAAAUGAGGCUUCUGUGUUUAAUUGUGAGUUCUUUUGAGUUGCUGCUGAAAUUAUUUGUUAAAAAUGUAUGUUUUCAGGCGCAACAUCGAAUCGUUUGGUAACUGAUGCAUAUUUGGUAUCAGUUGAAAAAGAGCACAUAAAAGAAGUUAUCAAGCGAUUGAAAAAGUGAGUUUUUUCCCUUUUUUCUAAUUUAUUCUGACUACUAUUUGUUUAUUUUGCAACUCUUCAUUUUUCGAGUACUUUCUCAUAUGGUAAUUACUGUUGACUCUUUCUUUCCUCUCGACAUUUUUUCUGGGUCGAGUUGACCGCAUUUUUUUAAUUAAAUAAUUAAUUAAUAAGAAAAAACACGAAAAAGUGUAAUUCCAGCUACUUAAUUUCUUUGAAGGAAGAGGUGAUUAAUCAUUUCCUACCUGCGAGUGGGUCUCAAUUUUUUGUUGUUAUCAUUUUUUUAUCACAACUAAAUAUCAUGUUUCUCAGACACACAGCCGAACACUUUUUUUUUCAAUGUUUAAUAAUAUUUGCUAACAUACGUUUUUUUUUUACAUCUUGAUUUAUGAAACUUUGUUGGAGAAAUAGUUAGUAGAAACUUUUUUGUAUUUUAAAAAUUUUGGAAGUUCAGUCAGAAUCUACAAAAAGGUUUCUGGAAAUUCAUCUAGAUUUGAAAAAUUCCCGUCUGAAAAUAUAAGUUUCAGAAUUUAAUUGAACCCGAUGAGACCAGGGUAACCAUUUUUCUAUUAGGAAUCGAGCCAGGUCCAAAUUUUUUGAGGAAAAGUUUUUGUUGAAACACUUUUCGACAAUGGUAAAAUUCUUGUCCCAUAAUGUCGAACUUUUUUGAAAAAUUUUCACAAUUUUGUUUUGGUUGAAAAAUUAAUUGGUCACCCUGGUUUGAUUGAAAAAAUUACAAAACGAUUUUUUGAUUUUUUUUUCAAAUCUAAAUUUCACCGCGAAAUUCUGAUUUUGUCCAAAACUUCAACCUCAUAAAUGUGUUUUCAACAUUUUCAUUCCACAUUCUAUUCCAACAAAAAAACCAGAAUACAAACACAACUCGUGCAUUCAUUCAUAUUGUGUCCCGCCCGUGUCCCGACUGCCUGGUAACGGGACACAAUAAUAACAAUAAGCUGUCGAUGUGCAAACAGCAAAAAAGGUUGUUAUUUUGAAUACACAUUUGUGAUGAAUGUAUGUACAUUUGAAUGUGUCAGUUUUUGAUUAUUUUUCAUUUUUGUAGCAAUCCUCCUCUCUUUUAGCACUCAUUCAUUCCGACACGGUCUGAUUGUUGAAUUAAUUUUGUUUUUGAUGGUGGUGGAGGGCACCCCAUACAUACAAUAAAAUGUGAGCGCAUUAUUGUUGUUGUAAAGGUCGUAUAUUGAUCUGGUUGCCUGCCCGUUAGUUACAUGGUUUAUUAUUAUUUUUAUUUGUCAGAACAACAAUAUUUUUAUUCGUAUCCUCCAACUAGUUUUAGGUAUUAUAUUCCGAUUUGGACACAAAUUCUAUUUUUUCCCUCAAAUCAUCCGGUUUCUCUCGUUUUUUUCCUCUAGAUAGUUCAAUCUAAUUUGUUCGUUCCCGCCUUCUCUCAACACCUAAUUAUAUUAUUCCCUAAUAACCAUAAAACGGAACCCACGGAUAUCUUGUCGGUCGGUGUCCUUUUAUCCAAUUAUUUAUUUACCACAUUGCACCAGGUGUGUCUUUGCAAAAAAAAACAAAAAAUAUUUUUGCAAGAAAACUCGAACCCGCAUAGCGUGCCUCAAAAAACUAACGCUCUACCACUCCGCUAGACGCGUCACAAUUUCCACAGGUUUAUUUUUCUUCAUUAUUUCGACUUAAAAAAUGAAGGUUCCCUUGUAAAUAUUAUUAUUUUCUUCAUUUUCUAAAACAAUAACAACACCAAUUGUUCAUUUUUCCUUCUUCAUUUUCUGUUUUUCUUUCCGUUCUCGCCUCAAAUAUAAUUAUUUGAAUUUCCGAUUUUUCCCUUCCACCGAGACGGAUUAAAAGAGCCAGGUGCACACACCGUUUCACCCCAUUUUCGGCCCAAUUGUUCCUUUUCUCCCCGUAAAAAAUGCGUUUCACGAAAAAGAUUGUAUCGUGUUCAUUUUGCUUACUUAUCUGUCUCCAAAAAUCUUUUUGUUUGUUGUGUAUUUUUUUCGAGAAUUUUAAAAUUUUAUUUUUUUUAUUUUUUCUGUGACUAACACUUUAUUUUUGUUAUCAUUUUGGGUCUGUCCAUAAUUUAUCAGUUUUGAAACAGCACCACACUUUAUUGUUUUUAUGAAUCACUUUUUUCGCUAGUUUCGACCUUGCCCUUAUUUUCUAAGUUAGUUAAGGUUUAUUUUUAGAAAUCAGAAAAAUUAAGCAAUAAUUUUUAAAAGUUUUUUUUGUGGCUCAGCUCAAGAAGAGUAACUUUCAAGCUCGUAUUUUCUCCAAAAAAAAGUGCCAAAUUUAGCCUCCAAAAAUAUUUUAACAUUUUCAGAGAAUAUCCAGAAAUUCGAACAUAUGACAUGGAACAUAUCGCAGCAAAUACACCCACAAGAUUAGGAAUCGAAAGGGGUUCUCUACGAAGGCCACCGGAAAAUCUAGAACUUCAGGAAAAACGAAAACAGGAGCAAACAUUUCUUCGAAGUUCGUUGAGAAAAUCAAAGAAACUCAAAUUGUUAGCGAGAAGUGUUGAAGAAACCAGUAAGUUUUCUAUUUCCAAAAAAAUUAUUACAAAGGAAAUUACAAAUUUCAGAAGUAACUUCGUUUGCUAAUCCGGUUGCUGAAGUUGAAGAAGAGCAAAAAAGUAUACAUGUGGAGAAAACGGAAAAUGGAACAACGAGAAUAUCGAUUGGUGGGGAUGAACCGACUGAAGUUAUGGUUGAUGAAGAAAGCAAAGAUGGAGGAAUUCGUAAGUUUGGGGCGAAAGGGAAAAAAUAAAAAAAAGCUGCGGGCGUUGGGAAUCGAACUCGGGUCAAAAUAAUAACAACCUAUCCACUUAUCCACUCGGACAUGCACGCUACAUUUUCAUUGCGCCGAUUUUUCCUGAAAAUGGCGCGCCGAAAUAAUUAUUUUUUUUCAGACAUGGAAGAAGUUACAAUAUCUGUGGAGAGAAUAGUUUCAAAAUUAUCCUCAUUAGGACAUGAAAAUGACGUGGCAAUAUUCCGUGAUUUCUUCGCUGCUCCUCCAAUUCAAGCAGCCAUCGAACAAACAGUAAAAGCUCAAACAAUUCCAUCAACAGAUUCUGGAAAUGAUACAUCAUCUUGCACUUCUUCACCAAUUCCACCAUCGUCUUCACAAGAUCAGAAAGUGAAGAUUGUUUCAGUUUUAAAGGAUGAAGAUAGUUAUCUUGGUGCAACUGUUAGAAAUGAAGAUAAUCGAAUUGUUGUUGGAAGAAUUGUUAAAGGUGGAAUUGUGGAGCGAAUGAAUUUAUUUCAAGAAGGCGACGAAUUAUUGGAAUUGAAUGGAGUUUCUUUGAAAGGAAAACAGGUUAAUGAAAUUUGCGAUAUUUUGCGGAAUCUUUCUGGUGAAGUUAAUUUUGUUGUUGCGGUCAAAGAAACGAAUGAAAAUGAUGAGACAACAAUUGUGAAUAAAACUAAGAUUCAACAUGUUCAACAUCUUCGAGCACUUUUUGAUUAUGAUCCAGAAGAUGAUGUUUAUGUGCCUUGCAAAGAAUUGGCUAUGAAAUUUACAAGAGGCGAUAUUUUACAUGUUUUUAAUACGAAGGACGAGAAUUGGUGGCAAGCUUAUCGAGAAGGGGAAGAUACUUCACAUUCCCUAGCUGGACUUAUCCCAAGUUCAUCUUUCAGACAACAGUAAGUUCUAUAAUUGAAGAAAAACGUUUUUUCCAUAAUUUUUUAAAAAUUUUUCCAGAAUAAUUCUUUAUGUGGAUGAACUUGAAAGAGAGCAUGAUCUGAAGAAAAAAGAUUCGAAAAAGAAGAAAUCGAAGUCUAAACUUGAACCCAGGAAAGCUGCAGAUGAAGAAAAUUUAGAGCCAAUAUCUGGAUAUUCAUCUGAUAUGCUGACUUAUGAAGAAGUUGUUCUUCAACUUCCAAAGGCAAAUCAUAGAAGACCGAUUGUUUUAUGUGGAGCUGAAGGUGUUGGAUGUUUGAAGUUACGAGAUCGAUUACUUGAAUCUGAUCGGAUUACAUUAGCAUGUCCAGUUCCAUGUGAGUAGAUAAACCUUAUUCCAGGAGACGUUUCCAAAAAAAAAAAAUUUUCAGACACUUCACGAGCUGCAAAAAAUGGUGAAUUCGAUGGCGUCCAUUAUCACUUCGUCACCAAACAAAAAUUCCACGAAGAAGCCAAAUCGGGAAAAUUCGUGGAAUACGGAGAAUAUCAAAAAUAUUGGUAUGGAACAUCGAAAAAAGAUGUGGUAAAUGUAAUUGAACGCGGCAAGACUUGUGUGAUAACAUUGAAGCCAGAAAGUCUCGGAGCAAUUCGAUGUCAAGAAGUUCAGCCGUUUAUAGUGUUUAUCGCUGCGCCUUCUUUGCAUGUUUUGAGAAAACAAAGAGAAUCUGAAGGAAGUUUUGGAGCGAAGGAUGAUGAUCUUAAAUCUAUUUUGGGGCAAUCCAAACAAAUUGAAAAUGUGAGUUUUUUUUUGUUAAAGACAGCUAACCAUUUGGGAAGGUUUUCCAGAAAAUUUAGAAUUUUCAUUUUUAAAUACUGUAGUUGACAAAUUUUGUUGUGUGCGAUUUUGCGUCGCGGUGUGUGUGUAGCAGAAAUGGUUUCCCGCGCUUUUCAAAGUUUUUUGAAUUUAAUUUUUGGAAAAACAGGAAAUGAAAGCUAAUGGGGUGAUUCAAGUUGAAAAAGAAAUAAUAAAAAAAGAUUUUUUGACAAAAAGUUUCGAUUCAGCAAAUUUCAAAAAUUUUUUCCUAUUUUCUAACAUUUUUUUCAUCGAAAAAUUUUCGCUGCGAGAUAUUUUUCAUUUUUGUGUGAAAAAAUAGGGUUUUUUGAGAUUUCCUGAAUCGAAAUUUUUUGUAAAAAAUUUUUUUCGAACUAAAAAUCUGUAAAACCAUCUCAAAACUAUAUUUUCCUUGAAUUUUUCAGAAAUACGGUCAUCUAUUCGACGGAAUCAUUGUCAACAUCGAUUUCGAUCGUUCAUUAAAAGAGCUCAAAGAAAUGCUCCGUAAAUUGAACACCGAACCAUCUUGGGUUCCAGCCACCUGGUGCUCUUCCUAA